AUGACGCGCCGAGCACGCCAUUCCGCCAUCCCUUACGACUCGGACGCGUCUUACUCCCCCGAGAACGAAUUUGACGAUGGUGGUCUCUUUGACAAAGUUGAGCCCCUUCACUCGGAUACGUAUGCGGAGGCAACGGAUGUAGAGGACUUGAACUUCGAUGACGCAGACGGAUUCGUCGACGCUGACGUUGAAGACCAAGUCCAGCUCUUCGGUGGCAACGUUCAUCCACCUGAGUACUACCGGGAAGCCGUUGAGAAAUUCAACGAGACCGCCUACGAAGCUCAAGACUAUAGCGACGGUAGUCUACUGCUCCUCGAUGCCUGCGACGCACAAUGGCGCCAGUACUGCGAGGUGCUGGGUUGUGACCCCCAAAAAUGUUUGGAGUCUGUCUCCGAGUCCAGCUCCCUGCGGCUUUUGUAUAACUUUUUUGACUGGUCCCUCAACCAGAAGGUCGAAGGUGGACCGCAUAAUAUUUUGAUUCGCUUCACCUUAGCCUUCACGAAAACGUACCUCGGUGUCAAAGAUGCGAAAACAUUUCCUCUUCCAGAGACCUUAGCCGACCCUUCCUUGCUACUCAAUCCUCACAUCUUCCUGCUAGGCAUUCUUUUCCGCCAUCGCGCGUUCCGAGCAACAAGUCUCAAUUCACCCGCACAGCUUGCCAAUCUUGAUAUCCACCCUGAGGAGCGGGAGCUACCUCUGCCGCUCAAGGACGAUCUAAAAGACACAUAUAUAUUCCGACGGGCUAUGAAAACCUUUACCGGCUAUGAGCUAUCCCAGGACAAGCCUCUUUCUUACCAGAUGAUUGCACAAUGGAUCAGAAGGGUUGGCGAAAUAUUGGGGUUGGAAUACCCCACCAUCCCCUACAACUUGCGUUAUAAUGCGGCCAAUGAGUUCGAUCGAAGUGCUUCAGCCGAUAUCAGCGAGUCGCUGCGAAAUCUUGCUCUAGAUCACGCCAAUUCGAAUCCCUUUCAGAAGCACUACCUGGGACGGGAGAGCAAGACCUUCGGCAUCAUCGCCCAGGUUCAAAGAAGCACAUGGAACUCCGCCGUCGACUGA